GCCCGCCCCCGCUUCCGCAAGAACAGCGCGGGGCUGUGGGAAGUUUGGUCUCCGCGUGUGAUUAGUGCUCCACGGGCUUCGAAGUGGCGAGAAGCUGGUGCCACGGGGUCUGGAGACCCAAACAUGGCAACGUUAGAAGAAAGUUUCCCCCGUGGGGGUAUGAGAAAGACCCACAAACCAGAGAAAGCUUUUCAGCAGUCAAUUGAACAAGACAACUUAUUUGACAUUUCUAAUGAAGAGGAAUCCACCAAACGGAAAAAGAGCCAGAAAGGGCCAGCCAAAACAAAAAAGUUGAAAAUUGAAAAGAAAGAAAGCAGCAAGUCUCUAAGAGAAAAAUUUGAAAUACUUUCUGUUGAGUCCCUGUGUGAGGGCAUGCGGAUUUUGGGUUGUGUGAAAGAGGUAAAUGAACUGGAACUGGUGAUCAGUCUCCCCAACGGCCUCCUGGGCUUUGUGCAAGUGACUGAGAUCUGUGAUGCCUACACUGCAAAGCUGAAUGAGCAGGUAGCACAAGAUGAACCUCUGAAGGACCUCCUCAGCUUACCUGAACUUUUCUCACCUGGGAUGCUAGUGCGCUGUGUGGUGAGCAGUCUGGGCAUCACAGAGAGGGGCAAAAAGAGUGUCAAGCUAUCCCUGAACCCCAAAAAUGUCAACAGUGUGCUGAGCGCUGAGGCCCUGAAACCUGGCAUGCUGCUCACAGGCACCGUGUUGAGCCUAGAAGAUCAUGGCUAUCUAGUGGACAUUGGUGUCAGUGGGAGCAGAGCUUUUCUGCCUCUGCAGAAGGCCCAGGAGUAUAUCCGACAGAAGAACAAAGGUACUAACCUGAAGAUGGGUCAGUACUUGAACUGCGUCAUUGAAGAGGUGAAGGGCAACGGAGGAGUUGUUCGUCUGUCUGUCGGUCAUUCAGAGCUUUCUGCUGCCAUUGCUACUGAGGAGCAGAACUGGACUCUGAAUAACUUGCUACCAGGCCUGGUGGUCAAAGCCCAAGUACAGAAGGUAACUCCGUUUGGCCUUACACUGAGUUUCCUCACAUUCUUCACCGGCCUGGUUGACUUCAUGCAUCUGGAGCCCAAGAAAGCCGGGACGUAUUUCUCAAACCAACCCGUGAGAGCCUGCAUCCUCUGUGUCCAUCCUCGGACCAGAGUUGUGCGUCUGAGCCUGCACCCCGUCUUCCUGCAGCCUGGGCGUCCACUCACUCAGGUCUCUUGCCAGAAUCUUGGAGCCGUGCUGAAUGACGUUCCUGUCCAGGGUUUCUUCAGCAAGGCUGGGGCCACCUUCAGACUGAAGAAUGGCGUUCUGGCCUACGCCCGGCUCAACCAUCUCUCUGAUUCUAAGAACCUCUUCAAUCCUGAGGCCUUCAAGCCUGGGAACACUCACAAGUGUAGAGUCAUUGACUACAGCCAGAUGGACGGCCUGCCCUUGCUCUCCCUGCGAACGUCUGUUAUUGAAGCACAGUACCUUAGAUACCAUGACAUCAAACCUGGGGCAGUGGUAAAGGGCAAAGUGCUGACCAUAAAGCCGUAUGGGAUGCUGGUGAAGGUGGGCGAGCAGAUGAGGGGCCUGGUACCCCCCAUGCACCUGGCUGAUAUCCUGAUGAAGAAUCCAGAGAAGAAGUACCGUGUUGGGGAUGAGGUCAAAUGCCGGGUUUUGCUUUGUGACCCUGAAGCCAAGAGGCUAAUGAUGACGCUCAAGAAAACCCUGGUUGAGUCCACUCUGCCUACCAUUACCUGCUAUGCUGAUGCCAAGCCUGGUCUGCAGACACAUGGCUUCGUCUUCAGGGUCAAGGACUAUGGCUGCAUCGUGAAGUUCUACAGCAACGUCCAGGGGCUGGUGCCCAGGCAUGAGCUCAGUACCGAGUACAUCCCUGACCCAGAGAGGUUCUUUUACACUGGCCAGGUCGUGAAGGUCGUGGUGCUGAACUGUGAGCCAGCCAAGGAGAGGAUGCUCCUAUCCUUCAAGCUGUCCAGUGGUCUGGAAGCAGAGCGAGCAGGACACAGUCAGAAGAAAGGAAGAUCCGUGAACAUUGGGGAGUUGGUGGACGUGAAAGUUUCAGAGAAGACCAAAGAUGGGCUGCAAGUGACUGUCCUGCCUUACCACCUCCCAGCCUUCCUCCCCACACCUCACCUGUCAGACCACGUCGCCAACGGCCCACUGUUGUGUCACUGGCUCCAGGCUGGCGACACCCUUCACCGAGUCCUAUGUCUGAGCCAGAGCGAGGGACGGGUGCUUCUUUGCAGGAAGCCAGCUUUGGUUUCCACAGUGGAAGGUGGCCAGGAUCCCAAGACCUUCUCAGAAAUCCAGCCUGGAAUGCUCCUCAUUGGUUUCGUGAAGAGCAUCAAGGACUACGGGGUGUUCGUCCAGUUCCCCUCGGGUCUGAGUGGACUGGCUCCCAAAGCUAUUAUAAGUGACAAAUUUGUGACCUCCACCAGUGACCAUUUCGUAGAGGGGCAGACAGUUGUUGCAAAGGUGACCAACGUGGACGAGGGGAAGCAGCGAAUGCUGCUGUCCCUGCGACUGUCCGACUGCAGUCUGGGGGACCAAGCCACUAGCCUCCUGCUCCUGAGCCAGUGCCUGGAGGAGCGGCAGGGGGUGCGCAGCCUCAUGGGCAGCCGAGACUCUGUGUUGAUCCGGACACUGGCCGAGAUGAUCCCGGGAAUGAUUCUCGACCUCAUAGUGCAGGAGGUAUUAGAAGAUGGCUCUGUGGUAUUCAGUGGGGGCCCAGUGUCCGACCUGGUCCUGAGAGCCAGCAAAUACCAUCGGGCAGGGCAGGAGGUGGAAUCCGGGCAGAAAAAGAAGGUUGUGGUCUUAAAUGUUGAUAUGUUGAAGCUGGAAGUGCUAAAAAAAAAGCAGGACCUGGUGAAUAGGAAAAUGAAAAAGCUGAGGAAAGGCAGUGAGUACCCAGCCAUCGUGCAGCACCUGGAGGAGUCCUUCGCCAUCGCCUCCUUGGCAGAGACUGGCCACCUGGCAGCUUUCUCCCUGAUCUCUCACCUCAACGACACCUUCCGCUUUGACUCAGAGAAGCUGCAGGUGGGACAGGGUGUCUCCCUGACCCUCAAGACCACAGACCCAGGAAUGACAGGUCUUCUCCUGGCUGUCGAAGGGCCAGCUGCUAAGAGGACCAUGAGACAGCCCCGGAAGGACUCUGAGACAGUCGAUGAGGAUGAGGAAGCGGAUCCAGCUCUGGCUGUAGGGACUGUCAAGAAGCAUACCCUGUCCAUUGGGGACAUGGUCACUGGGACUGUCAAGUCCAUUAAACCCACCCAUGUGGUCGUGACUCUGGAAGAUGGCAUCAUUGGCUGUAUUCACGCCUCACACAUUCUGGAUGACGUCCCAGAAGGCACCUCUCCUACUAGCAAGCUGAAAGUUGGGAAGACGGUCACUGCCCGUGUGAUUGGUGGGCGAGACAUGAAGACAUUCAGAUUUCUCCCAAUAAGUCACCCCAGAUUUAUUCGAACCAUUCCGGAGUUAAGUGUUCGGCCAAGUGAGCUGGAGGAGGAUGGCCACACUGCUCUCAACACUCACUCUGUGAGCCCUGCGGAGAAGAUUAAACAGUACCAGGCUGGUCAGACCGUGACUUGCUUCUUAAAGAAGUACAAUGUGGUGAAGAAAUGGCUUGAGGUGGAGAUUACACCGGACAUCCGUGGAAGAAUUCCCUUGCUGCUAGCUUCUCUUAGCUUCAAGGUUCUGAAACAUCCAGAUAAGAAGUUCCAGAUUGGCCAGGCCCUGAAAGCCACUGUGGUUGGCCCAGAUUCCUCCAAGGCCUUCCUGUGUCUCUCACUCAUUGGUCCACACAAGCUUGAGAAAGGGGAAGUGGCCAUGGGCCGAGUGGUGAAGGUGACUCCCAACGAGGGGCUGACUGUCGCCUUCCCCUUUGGGAAGAUGGGAAAGGUCAGCAUGUUUCACCUGAGUGACUCCUACUCUGAGGAGCCCCUGCAGGACUUUGUCCCCCAGCAGGUGGUCAGGUGUUAUGUACUGUCCACUGCGGAUGGUGUGUUGGCAUUGUCGCUGCGAUCGUCCAGAACAAACCCGGAGACAAAAAGCAAAAUAGAAGAUCCGGAGAUUAACUCCAUCAAGGACAUUAAGAAAGGACAGGUCCUGAGAGGCUACGUGAGGUCUGUCCAGCCCGAAGGCGUGCUGCUGGGCCUUGGCCCCUCGGUUGCGGGUUUGGCCCAGUACCCGCACGUCUCCCAUCGCAGUCCAUCCAAGAAAGCCCUUUAUGACAGAUACCUCCCCAGCGGGAAGCUGCUCACAGCCAAGGUCCUAAGCCUGAACCCCCAGAAGAAACUGGUAGAGCUGUCAUUCCUCCCUGCUGACACUGGGAAGCCAGAUGUGUUGUCUGCCUCCCUGGAACUGCCAUCUCCGAAACAAGAGGAGAGGAAGGUAAAGGCUGAGGAGAGAGACCAAACAGGAGAGGACAAAGAGAAAAAGAAGAAUCUGAAAAGGAAAGAGAAGCCCAGCCAGAAAGGGCAGGUGGAGGUGAAGCCCUCCAGCAAGGAGAAGAGCCAGCCCCGGCCUCCGCGAGUGCAGCAGGGCAAGCGGGGACGCCUCGAGUCUGGGAGCGAGCAGGAGAGAGUGAGCAAGAAGCAGAGGAAGGCUGGUCCGGCGGAGGAGGACGACAGUGGCGUGGAAGUGUAUUACCGGGAAGGAGAAGAGGAGAUGGACGAGUCGACUGUGCUGGCCCAGGAGAAGCCGACCAAACCAGCAGAAGCACCCCGGCUGCAGCUGACCUCGGGCUUCGUUUGGGACGUCGGGCUAGACUCUCUGACCCCAGCCUUGCCCCCUCGAGCAGAGAGCUCAGACAGCGAGGAGGAUGAGAAGCCACACCACACCACGCGGAAAAAGAAAAGCAAGAAGGAACGGGAGUUGGAGCAGCAGAAGGCAGAGAAAGAGCUGUCCCGCGUUGAGGAGGCGCUGAUGGACCCUAGGCGCCAGCCAGAGUCAGCAGAUGAUUUUGACCGGCUCGUGCUAAGCUCCCCCAAUAGCUCCAUCCUGUGGCUGCAGUACAUGGCGUUCCACUUGCAAGCCACGGAGAUUGAGAAGGCCCGCGCCGUGGCCGAGAGAGCCCUGAAGACCAUCUCCUUCAGGGAGGAGCAGGAAAAGCUGAACGUGUGGGUGGCGCUGCUGGGAGAACAUGUACGGCUCGCCGGAGUCCCUGACCAAGGCCUUCGAGCGGGCUGUGCAGUACAACGAGCCUCUGAAGGUCUUCCUCCAUCUGGCUGACAUAUACACCAAGUCGGAGAAAUUCCAGGAAGCUGGCGACCUCUACAACCGGAUGUUGAAGCGCUUCCGGCAGGAGAAAGCUGUCUGGAUCAAAUACGGCGCCUUUCUCCUGCGGCAGAGCCAGGCCGGGGCCAGUCACCGGGUGCUGCAGCGAGCCCUCGAGUGCCUGCCCAGCAAGGAGCACGUGGAUGUAAUUUCCAAGUUUGCCCAGCUUGAGUUCCAGCUGGGGGACCCCGAGAGGGCCAAAGCCAUUUUUGAGAACACACUGAGCACCUACCCGAAGCGCACAGAUGUCUGGUCCGUCUACAUCGACAUGACCAUCAAGUAUGGCCGCCAGAAGGACGUCAGGGACAUCUUUGAGCGGGUCAUUCAUCUGAGCCUGGCCCCCAAGCGAAUGAAGUUCUUCUUCAAGCGCUACCUGGACUAUGAAAAGCAGCACGGCACUGAGAAGGAUGUACAGGCAGUGAAGGCGAAGGCCCUGGAGUACGUGGAGGCCAAGAGCUCGGUGCUGGAGGGCUAGCGGCUGGGGGCUCUGCGGACACUCAGCGGUGGGCCGGCCCCACUCAGACCUGGGCACCUGUGGCCUGAGGCUCUAUUUACAAUGCUGCUUUUUUUGCAGUACCCUUGGUGUAAUCCUGUCAGGAUGGAAAAGAACUUGAGGUUGCUUUUUAA